UAUAGAAGCAAAAGACCGGGCUUAAGGACGGCAAACGUUUACAACUGGUAGAAGAUAGUCAAACGAAUAUAUUAUCAUAGAGACUUCUUACAACAAAACAACAACAUGGAGGCUCCUGCAGUCGUGGAGGCUCAUCAUGCUCCGGAGUUUUUUCCAAGUACUUCUUGGUUAGGUCAGCACGGUCUGGUUAGUGGAGGUGACCAAGGACCGCUGUUCUUAAUGCAGCAACAGCAGCAAUGCAGCUUCGUUUACGAUGCAAGUUCUGUUGCUGGAGGUGGAAUAGUUGUGGCCUCUGGAGACACCGGAGCAGGAGUCUUUGAUAGUCCUGUUCUUCCUGUUGGAUUUGAUGUUCUUGCAGGAAAUGGCGCUCACGUUCUUGAUGUAACAUCUUCAGGGCAUUAUAGCCUACACCCUCCAGCAGGAGGAGAGCAGCAUCAACAAGACCAGCACGACGAAGAUGCUGCUUCACAUCCUUUCCCGGUUACCCGAGAGAGGACAGCGUCUUCUAGUAAUUUCUGGAAGAAUAACUUCUCGUCCAUCAGACCCAAGAAGAAUCCUAAGGGCGAACAUCUCUUAGAAUCCGCUUGGAGUUUCUGGUUUAGCAAGAGGCCGAACAAGCCACAUAUUCGGCCAGUGCUUCCGACAACUACUGAAGUAGAAGAUCAUCAUGUUCACGAUCACACUGCGGAAGAAGAUGUCGUUCACAAUCACACUGCCACUGGGGGAGUAGAAAGUGAUAAUUUUGCUACGACACAACUAGAAGAAGCUAAAAAUGGGAAGCCAAAAGACGGAGAGCCAGAAGAUGAAGCUGCAAAAGUGUUGUCAGACAACGAUGGAUCUGGAUCUUCUUCAAUCAUCCCUGAGGCAAGGCCCAGUCCCUCUUCAGAUCAUAAAGGCAAUGAUGAGGAGCAGUUGCAGCCGAAGGCUAGUACGUCGAGCCAGCAAGAUGAAGUAGAAUGCUCUUGUUCCACUGCUUCGAGUUCUACGGCACUAGCAUCAUCGAAUGGCAAUUAUGGAGAAGCUUCUCGCUGUAGCGAAAGCAAAACAACGAGUGGAACAUCAACAUCAAGUCCAAUGAUCCUUGGGACGCCAACGACAACGGCGAGCUCACCAGGAGAGAAAGCAGCGGAAGACGACUCAAGAAUUGACCCUUCUGAUCAUGUCGUGGUGAAAACAUCAAUAAUUGACCCUUCUAGCCCAAGAGGUGGCGAGGAGCUUGUUCAAGGAAACCAUGUCGAGAUCAGCGUAGGACAGCAAGAAAAGGAGGUUGUUGCAAACAAGAGCAGUACUUCUAGCCCUAGUAGUAGUGGAAGUCGUAUUAAAACAACAACUAGGGAGACGGACCACAGUGAGGAGGAGACUAAAGACGCGAUAGCAAAACCAGGUAUGGCAGCCUUUGUGAAUGCUCCGGUGUUUGAGCCUCCAUCUGGAGGUUCCUUUAGCCAAGAUCACGAGGACCACCGUAAAGACAGUCUCUACCGUAAAGACAGUCUCUACCGUGAGAGUAGAGCAUCCUCUAGUUGUCAACAACAGCAGGUGGCUUUUGAUGCUCAACAUGAUCAGCAGUGGAGCUCAGUCGUAGAGCAAUAUGUUGAACAGCAACAAUUGGAGCAGUUGGACUUUCAACAGCAAGGAAUUCCUAGCAUGUUGUAUAACACAACAGCUUCAACGACAGCAGCGGUAGGACCUCCAGGAGCAGCAGCGGGAUUAGAAGGACAAGAAGCGUCCACCAACACCACGUCAUGGAGCAAUUACAUGUUGAAUAGCAAGACUCCUUCGCAGCUGCGGGAGCAGAAUUAUCACAAACAGACAGUGGAAUUGGGAACUUUCGACACGGUGGAGGAGUUUUUUCGCUACUACUGCUACCUCCGCUCGCCAACCGACAUUGCACGAGACCGCAACCUAGCCUGCUUCCGGAAGGGGACGUCUCCAGCUUGGGAGAAUUUCCCUCAGGGAGGAUGCUGGCUUGUACGCAUCAUGCGAAGCGGAGGACAAGUGCAGGUAUUAUCGGCAUUAGAGCACUUUCUUCAUUAUAUUAAAUACUAAUCAUCAUGGAUCUUCACGAGCACUUUCUUCAUGUUCAUAUAUACCUAAGAUUUCGUUUUGUUUUCAUUUCCUCUUUACUUGGUACUACCUUAUACAUUCAUAGUUUAUAAUUAUGAUGAAUCUUCUAGUGCGAAAUCUAUUUAAUUGUUCAUUGCAAUUCAGGACCGCACCAUCGUCAAUUUGUUCACACCCAAUGAACUACUCCCCAUCUCAUUCUCCACCUGAAUGACAUCAUUCAAUGAUCCACUUUUACAACAACACAGAAACUAAACCGUAUGUGGGAAGCCUUGUUAGUGGCUCUGAUCGGUGAGCGGUUUGAGACCCCUGACGUGGUAGGCGUGGUGCUCUCGAUUCGAAAGUGCGACGUGUUACAGGUGUGGUGCCGAGACAGCAACAGCAAGCUGCAAGUGGGAGAAAGGCUCAAGGAAGUGUUGGACCUCGACGAGCACGCUCUGAUCGAAUACAAGGAGCACGCGGAGAGCAUGCUAGACAAAAGCACCUUCACGAACGCGAAAAACUACAUGUUCGUGUCAGAGCCUUAG